AUGAGGAGUCUGGCGCUGCUGCUGGGGGUGAAAGCCGCUUGCAUCCUGCUGGUGUCUUCGCUCUCAGGCACAGGGGCCGUGAACAACAGCGGCCGGUGGUGGGGUAUUGUCAAUGUGGCCUCCUCAUCCAACCUCCUCACCAAUUCCAAGAACGUGCAGUUGGUCCUGGAUCCAAGCCUGGCCCUGCUGAGUCGUCGCCAGCGACGGCUGAUUCGCCAGAAUCCUGGCAUCUUGCAUGCCAUCGCCGCUGGGCUGCACACCGCCAUAAAGGAGUGCAAGUGGCAGUUCCGCAACCGGCGCUGGAACUGCCCGACCACCCAAAGCCCGGCAGUUUUUGGCAAAAUCCUCAAUCGUGGUUGCCGAGAGACAGCAUUUGUAUUCGCAAUUACCAGCGCAGGGGUGACCCAUGCUGUGGCUCGCUCAUGCUCAGAAGGAGCAAUUGAAUCGUGCACAUGCGAUUACCGCCGCCGAGGUCCUGGAGGGCCGGACUGGCACUGGGGGGGCUGCAGUGACAAUGUGGACUUUGGCAGGAUGUUCAGUCAGGAGUUCGUGGACUCCAGCGAGAGGGGCAGAGAUCUGCGCUACCUCACCAACCUACACAAUAACGAAGCUGGAAGAAUGACUGUGUCUUCGGAGAUGCGUCAGGAGUGUAAGUGCCAUGGCAUGUCAGGCUCCUGCACCGUACGUACCUGUUGGAUGCGCCUGCCCAGCUUCCGCACAGUGGGGGACUUCCUUAAAGACCGCUUUGAUGGAGCGUCCAGAGUCAUUUACGCCAACAAGGGAAGCAAUCGAGCCUCUCAUCGAGCUGACCCCCGCCACCUGGAACCUGAAAACCCAGCUCACAAACCCCCCUCUGCCAUGGACCUGGUCUAUUUUGAGAAAUCACCAAACUUCUGCUCCCACAAUGGCAAAACUGGCACUUUGGGAACCUCUGGUAGAACAUGCAACAGCUCAUCUCCGGGCCUGGAUGGGUGUGAGCUGCUGUGCUGCGGACGUGGGUUUAAGACCCGGACUGAGACUGUGACUGAGCGUUGCAACUGCACCUUCCACUGGUGCUGCCAUGUCAGCUGCUUGAACUGCACCAGCACACGAACGUUUCACCAGUGUCUAUGAUGACAGGUGGAAAACCAAGUGAAUAUUCAGGCAUAUAUGAAGGGCAAAGAAGAAGGUCUUUGCAAAACAGGUAUUUGGUUGAGACAGCGACUAGCAGGCAGGUGGUUGGAGAUGUUAGGUAGAAGCUAGAGAAGCUUCCAGGUUGGUGAACUAUUACAGGGAAAACUUUGGCACAAAAACGCAAUCAGUAGUUUUUAAGAGGGAGGAGAUGGAGAAAAGCACAAAUACAACAGGUCACAGUGGGAGAACAUGUGCUUGCUCUUAAGCAUAAAGGUAUUUAAACACUACAACUCUCCAUGUAGAAGGGAAAUCAUCCACAUCUCUUGAGUGUUUGCACUGUAGUGCACAAAUAGAAACAGAAGAUAAGGGACAUAGUGAUGAGGAUGAGGUUGCACCUGUAACCAGGUACCACAAACCUCCUCUCCCCUGCUGAGGGAGGAAACUGGACACAAAGUCUCACAGAUGGUUUUUGUGGAACAAGAGCCACAUACAUUCUCUCAUAAACUGGUGGAGACCUCAAAACAGUGGGAAGUUAUUUAAAAAGAAAAACAAAUCUAUGUUUUGUUUUCUUCUGCUGAAGUUUUUUGUUUUCAUAUGAAGUUAAUCUCCAGCGAUGUACUCUCUGUUCCCAAAUUGUGUAAUUCGGUUCUGGAUGCAGCCGAACCACUUAGAAUUUUUUUUAUUAAGAUUUCUCUUGAGUUAAACAACACCUCAACCAUAACUUGCCACUCUGACUUCGCACAGGAUGGUCCUGAUGUUGCACGACUUGGACCGGUGCCUGCCACGUAAAACAAGAAACUGAGAGAGGCAAAUUCAUUUGAAUGUAUUAUCAAUACACUGAAUAUCACUGCAUGUAGUGGGGCAAAACCGAGGAGCCAACAUAAAAAUGUACAUAAAAAUAAUACAAAUAAAUUCUUAGUUAAUGAGCUAGUCCAGUUAGUAGGAAAAUGUGUAUUACGUCAGGCCACGUCUCAGUUAAAUCCUUUUAUUUUGAAGGAGCCUGUGCAGAAGAAAUCAUACUGUAUAUCAGCUAAGAGAACCAAAAUACUGUAAAUAUUAAAAUAUAUGAAUAUAUUUAUAAUGACAUCUCUUGUAAGUGUUGCUGUAUGAUUUAUGCACAUGUCAGUGGCUGGAGAAUAUUCUAUCAUUAGCGUCGAGUCAGGAGAUGUUUGGAUCUCAUGCCUUUUUCUGUUUUGGUGUAAUGUAGCUGACACAAAUCCGACUCUUACUAGAAACAGAACAUUAUCACUUUUUUUGCUUGUUUCCUGUAAAAACCCUUGUGUUUGGUCAUGCACUGAAUAUUUACCUUUUUAUCACUGUAAAUAUGAAAUAUUUAUUUCUGGGGAUUUUUUUAUACUUUUAUAGAGAAAUGUAAGAGAAGACUUUUUUUUUUUUUAGAUUUUAAUCAAAAGAU